AUGGCAUCGAUAAUUGUACUGAUUAUAUCGAUUUUCACCAUCAUAGCUGUUACCGGAGAGGCAGCAGACUUGCAAACCGAUAAGGAUUUGACUGAAGUCGCUUCAGAAAUCGAAGGUUGUCCGUAUCUAGAUAAUGCUGAGUAUAAAGUUAAAGUGAAGGGUUCAGUUUCGACGUUGAACGGUGGAUGUGCCUACAUAACCUACAAUUCUAGUGACAUAAAACCACAAACAUUUAGCUUAUGGUUCGGAAACGUAUAUGAAAUUGCGAAAAAUUGCAAUAAUAGUGCUAUUGAAUAUUUUCGUUUUUACUGCGUAUCAAAAUCACCCUCACCGUCAGAAGACAUCAGAAAGGGACGUAUGUACAUAAAACUAUACGAUGAUGGUGUCCGCAAGGUGGAAAGAAAAAAUCACAGAUGUGCCGUGUAUGAGAAGACCGAAGACAAAGACUACGUCACAAUGUUAAGGUUGGCGGUUAGCAGUAACGAUUCGUGCGACGGCUUGUCAGACAUACUGGACCACCCGGAUAAGAUACGUUUGCACAAAAGGGGAGCUAUGUUGCUGACAUUUAGCAGGAUCAGACCCGGCGCACCACUAGCAGCGGCUGCCACAACAAAUGCUACUGAAUCGAUACAUUCGAUAUCCAAUAGUUACGAGAGACGAGGAUACAUUCAACAUAAUUAUGGAAAUCGACCAAAUCUAUUUUGGAGGACCGAGACUACAGAAACUCAAGACAGUGACAAAAGAGGACUACAAAUGAAUGAUGAAGAUGGCAGACAUCGUGCAGUCACGGACCUCGCCAGUUAUGAAUAUUUGCAUUCCAAUGUAAGCAACAAAGAUGUAGGCAUGAGUACAAUUAAGGAUACAAAUCACACUCAAAUAAGAGUAAUGCCGCAAGCGCCCGAAGUCGUUGGCAAAAAAAAAUAA